CUACCAAAUAGAAAUAGGGUUACAUAGUAGUGGCACGUUAUUUGUAAUUAAAAUAUAUUAAUAAUAAAUAUAAAAUGUUUAAUGAAGCUGUCAACUUGGCUGACAUCUUUCGCGGUGGCUUGCCCUAUUGUCUUCUUCUAACUUUGCCGAUAUUAAUAAUUUGCUCGCCAGGUCAUGCUAGUGAAUUUCAAGUUAUGUCAAUGAUAAAAUUUGAUGUAAAUGGCGAAUAUCUUGGUUCUCGAUCUUCAGCUAUAUCCCUAGAAGCUAAAUCGUUGUAUACUUGGAGUACAGGUCGACAUUGUGUUCUAGCAAGGUUACUCGAUAUUUCCAUAAACGAUUUAAACAAAAUCCGGCAGAAGGCUGGGGGUCUUAUUAUUAUGUUGCCACAAGAUGUCCAAUCUUUGAGCAAUGAACUGAAGGAUCAAGUUUUAAUGAUGGAACAGCAUAUGCUUACACAAUCCAUUCCCAUUCCAGUACAUUUUGCACCUUUCAACAGAGAGUUAGACCUUAUUAUAAAUGAUAUCACAUCAACAGCUAUUGAUAAUGAGAUCAGAAACAAAACUGCCCUUGUACAACUGCUAUUAUCAGUCAAUGCAAAUGGCUACCAUGUUACUGUAGAUGGUCAAAAUAAUUUGGCAAAUAAAAACAGUAAAUUGCCAGUUAUUCAAGGCGAAUCUUUCCCAAAUCAGUUUGUUCUGCAACACAUUGACAGUACUGGAGAAGGAAAUGGCUUACCGCUUAUUUUAAUAACAGCAAAUUUAAAAACCUUUGGAGUAAUUAAUGAUUAUCCCUUAAAUGCUGAUUCCGCGGUGUUAAUGGCACUUAUAGAAAUGUUUAGCAAGCUACAUACCACUAUGGGUACGAUACCAAAAUACCGCUUGGGAUUCUUGCUUUCAGAUUCUGGAUUGUUACUCAAUUUUCAGGGAUCGAAAAAAUGGCUAGAAAUGGAUGACAAUAUAGCUUUACAGAAUGUUGAGUUUGUUUUAUGUCUGGAUACUAUAACUCAAAGCUUAAUAAACAAUCAACCGAAUGUGUUAUACAUGCAUGUUUCAAAACCGCCAAAAGAAAAAACUUCUAUAAGCAAUUACUUUAAGCUUCUUAAGUCAGUCGCUGGUCAUUACUCUGACAACCUAACCGUUGAGGGAGUUCAUAAAAAAAUAAACCUGGCCGAUUCGAAAUUAUCAUGGGAGCAUGAGCGUUUCUGUAUGAAGCGAUAUCCAGCGUUUACAUUAUCUUCGGCGAAAUCACCAGGAAGUCCAUUUCGAACGACAAUGUUUAAAAACAAUGAAUCGUAUAUAGUGGAGAAACUAAUUACUUCCGUGAAGAUCCUUGCCGAGUCGCUUGCUUGCUAUAUGUAUAAAAUAGAUCCAUUCUCUGAUAUUUUUAAGGGACAUGCUGUAAUUACUGAAGAUAAUAUUCGACCAUACCUUGGAUUAAAAUCGAUUUUGCAAAAUAACGACAUCAGGGAUGGGUUUGAAAAGUACCUAAAAAAUGUUAAAAUAUUUUAUGACAAGCCAGAUGAACGUGAGCCUGACUUCAUGUUUUAUAACAGCAUUGAUGCAAAACUUAGUAUUUAUCGCGUUAAGCCAGCUAUAUUUGAUCUUUUUCUAACUAUUGCUAUAUCAAGUUACCUCUCGGCUGUGUAUUUUGUAAUUCAGUUUUUCCCCAGAUUUUAUGUCCUAAUAUCGACAAGUACAAACAGUUUUAUUGGACGUUCUAUUAGAACAUCACCGACCGCCUUAAAACGAAAAUAAA